CCCCUCGUUUGACAUUUCAAGUUCCUCACGUGUUGAAUUGUGCUGAGCUAUAUUUAUUCGGCAUUUUCUCCAUAAUUUACGGAAUAAUCUUUUAAUUUUUUCACAUUUCCAACUAAAUCAGUGCAAUGGGCAGACCAGAUUUCAGAGGACGCUCAUCAGGAGGCGGAGGUCGAGGAGGCGGCGGAGGCCGCGGAGGCUUUGGCGGAGGAAGAGGAGGCUCCGGAGGGCGAGGAGGAUUUAAACCUGGCGGCGGCCGAGGAGGCGGCGGCGGAGGAUUCCGCGGAGGAAGAGGAGCUCCCGGCGGAGGCAGAGGAAGAGGAGGCCCCGGAGGACGAGGAGGUCGAGGAGGCGGAAAACCCGGCGGUUUUAAAGGAGGAAAGACAGUUGUAAUCGAACCUCAUCGUCACGAAGGUAUUUUCAUUGCUCGUGGAAAAGAAGAUGCUUUAGUUACAUUGAAUUUGGUUCCCGGAUCUGAAGUUUAUGGCGAGAAACGUAUUUCAGUCGAGACUGAUGGCGAAAAGAAAGAAUACCGCGUAUGGAAUCCAUUCAGAUCAAAGUUGGCAGCUGCUGUUUUAGGCGGAGUUGACAAAAUUCACAUGCCUCCCGGAUCGAAAGUUCUCUAUUUGGGCGCUGCAUCAGGAACAACUGUAUCUCACGUUGCUGAUGUCGUUGGACCUGAAGGUUUAGUUUAUGCCGUCGAAUUCUCUCACAGAUCGGGACGUGAUUUAAUUAACGUUGCAAAGAAACGAACGAACAUCAUCCCCAUCAUCGAAGAUGCUCGUCAUCCACACAAAUACCGUAUGUUAGUCGGUAUGGUUGAUACGAUUUUCGCUGACGUUGCUCAACCCGAUCAAGCACGUAUCGUUAGUUUGAAUGCACAGAACUUCUUGAAGAAUGGCGGGCAUUUCGUUAUUUCCAUCAAGGCGUCGUGUAUCGACUCGACAGCUCAACCUGAAGCUGUAUUCGCUGCUGAAGUGAAGAAAUUGCAAGAAGAUAAACUUAAACCACAAGAACAGAUCACGUUGGAGCCAUACGAAAGAGAUCACGCCGUCGUUGUUGGCGUAUUUAGACCGCCUCCAAAGAAUGCUUAGAAAUUGACGUGUAUGAAUGAAAAUUUAUAAUUUUAGAAUUAAGACUUCAUUUUAGCAGAGAUAUAAGUUACAAAAUACCUCGACAGUAAAAAAAACAAAUUGCAAUUUCUGGCCUUCAUUGUCAUCCGUUAUUAUUUUUUUUUUUCAAGAAUUUAACAAAAAGAAAUAUUUUUACAAAUA